CUCAUUUCGCAGCCACUUCGUUCCCAUAAAACCACAGGCAGCUCACGCUCUGCGAAACGUUCCUUGUCCCGACACCAUCUCCCUGCUCUCCUGAGAAACCAAAAACCCCACCCACAAUGCCGCUCGUCGGCGCCCGAUCCGUCUCCGUUCUCUUCUUCACCGCGGCCGUCCUGGUGGCCACUUCGGCGCCGCCGUGCCAUGCGGCGCACAACAUCACCGCCAUCCUCUCCGGGCGCCGUGACCUCGGCGAGUUCAGCCGCGAGCUCACGGCGACGGGGCUUGCGGACGACAUCGACGGCCGGAACACGAUCACGGUCCUCGCCGUGGACGACGCGAGCAUGGCGCCGCUGAAGGCGCGCGGCCUCCCGCGCGAGACGCUGCGUCACGUGCUCUCCCUCCACGUCCUCGUCGACUACUACGACGACGCCAAGCUGCACCGCCUCCCCGGCGGCUCCGCGGACGUCUCCACCCUGUUCCAGGCCUCGGGCGACGCCCCUGGGAGCGCCGGCAUGGUGGAGAUCGCCGAGCGCCGGGGCGGGCGCGUGGCGUUCUCCCCCCAGGACGACGGCGACGCCCGGGGCGCCGCCGUGUUCUACGUUAGGUCCGUGCACCAGGCGCCGUACAACAUAUCGGUGCUGCAGGUGAGCGGCGUGAUGUCGUCCCCGGCGGCCGAGGCGCCCGGGUCGUCGCCAUCGCCAAGCGGGCUCAACUUCACGGACGUCAUGUCCAAGAACGGGUGCGGGCGCUUCGCCGGCCUCAUCGCCGCCACGCCCGGCGCCGCCGCGACGUUCGACAAGCACGCCCACGACCUCGGCGGCUUCACGUUCUUCUGCCCGGCGGACCAGGCGGUGGAGGCGUUCGAGCCGACGUUCAAGAAGCUCCCCGGCGACGCCCGUCUCGCGGUGGUGCUGUACCACGGUGCGCUGGGGCACCACUCCCUGCAGACGCUCAGGGCGGACGGCAGCCGCAUGGCCACGCUGGCCUCGCUCGACGGGGGCAACACCACCGCCGUCUUGGCGGUGCGCCACGCCGGCGACAAGGUGACGCUGGUGUCCGCGACGCAGAACACGGCCAGGGUCACCCGCACUCUCGCCGACGCGGACCCCGUCGCCGUGUACAUGAUCGAUGCGUUGCUUGUGCCGUUCAGCUUCCCGGGGCUAGCGUCAUCGCCACCGGGUCUCCGACGGUCCGACGGCGGCGAUGGCCAUCAGACAAGCGGUUCGGCUCCAGUCUGGCCACUGCGCGGAUGGGUCGCUUCGACGCUCGUGUUCACUACUCUGCUAGCAGCGGUUGCGUCUGGACGAGUGUGACCGAUUGGUUGAUUCGUUGGUUCACUUCACCAUCAAUUGUGACUGCUAGGUUGUGUGUGUGGGUUUGUGGACCAUGUCUCGCUUGAGUUUCAUCGACUAUGUGUUGUGUUAGUAUCAUUGGGUGCUGCUUGUUAUGCUUUUCAGUUAAAUGAUCAAUGAUCAGCAAAAGUUAUCUCUUGCACA